AUGGUAUCUCCUUUUUUCAGGGUUUUCUCAGAGGACGCUGGUUUUUCAAACAUGCGAUCACAUUCCUCUGCAGGAUCAGACACAUUUUUAGAGCUGCAGCUACAGACAUCAGGCCAAGGGAUCGGUCUGAUAAAAAUGUUUCUGUCUGUCACCCAAAGUUUGUGUCGCCUUCACUCCUCUGAGGGGGGAUUCAAGGAGGAGGAGGAGGAAGAGGCUGAUAUGGAGAGGAAGAGGAGAAAAGAAUGCAUGAAGGCCACUUGUUUUGACAAACGUUGUGUGCUGGUGUGUCAGAGAAGAUAUAAUCAGAGUCUGAGUCUCUGCCAAGUCACUGCAGAUAGUAAAUCAGCUCCGUAUGAGACGCACAGAUUAGAAGAGCAAACAUCCCAUAAACCCGGUCCAGGAUGA